UUGUGCGUAAAAAUCGCAAUUAAAUUAAAAUUUGGGCUUAACUAACAGCAAUAAGAUGUGUGAUCACAAAUUAAGUAGCGAUGAAGUGCCUGCAAAGUUUGCGGAGUGGCUCUUAUCAAUGGGAUGUCCUCCUGAGAAAGUUCCCACUGUUGACAAAGUUGUAGAGAUGUGUCGCGGUCAGUACUACAUGGUAUGGCGCAGUUUGAUGGAGCACGUUGAGUCGAAAGACACAAUCCGACAGAAGAGGCUCCGAGUAUUCUGCGACGACAUCUACAAGUACAAGAGAAAGAAUGCCUUCAAUAAGGUUUGCUCACCAUUUCAGAAAAAGCCGGAAUCAAAUGCAGCAAUGCCUGAAGAGCUGACGCUUUGGCAUCAACACAAUGAGAUUAAGGAAAAAGUAGCGGAUGCAGAGGAAAGAGUGGCUAAGGCUAGGGAGACCCUCAACCAACUGACAGACAAAAUAACCAACAAGCUGUCGCACCGCAACUUGUCCCAAACGCGCGUGCAGCAGCUGCAACGCCGCGCGUGGCUGCUGCAACAAGUUGCAGAUGACUUGAAGACCAAGAAGGAGAACCUUGAGGAAACCAAAGCCAUCGCCAACUCACUGUGCACUAUUGAUGAGGAUGUUGAUGUGCAAAGCAAGCUGGACAAGUACAUAUCGUCUAAUCGUCGCGGGGGUGCUCCCUCCGCGGCGGUUCUCGCGAACCCCGUCGCCAGCUCCUCGCUCGUGUCUGUCAGCGACGCCAACGACUCGGAGGAGCAGCUAUCCUGGCUGCCCAAGUGCCGCGGCGACGCGCUGUGGACGCGACUUGCCGAGCGGCGCGCGGGGCUCGCGGGAGAAUUGGCUAAAGACACCGCUGACAAAACUGUUGCUACGGCGAGUCCGCAGGCCGUGCUAUCGCACACGGCAGCGCUACACUGCAUGCUAGCGCUUGAAGCGCUGAAGAACCGCGCGCACAUAAAACAGACGCGCAAGCGACUGGCCACCGCUGUCUCUGAACUUAAUAACUACCUCUCCGGCGAAGCAUGCGAGCUCCUAGUGCUUCGAUGCGAGAAAGCGCGCAGCACUGCACGGGUUAACACGCUGCGCACGCUACUGGAUGACGUCACAGCGCGCAGCGGCGUGUUUAACGCGGGGGGCGAUGACGUCAUAGAGGACAGACGCGCCACGGGCCGACAGAUCGCUGCCAUAGAUAAGGCUAUUGAAAGCAAAAAGGAAGAGGUAAAAAAACUGGUAACAGCCCUCGCUACCACAGAGAAGAAGAUGCACAACGUCAGGGAGUGUCUCAUCGGGAUAUUCAAUGGGUUCCACAAGGAUCAGUCCUUGUACGACAAUGACCGGUUCAAAGCCCACCUAGACUUCCCCCAAGAAUCAGUAGCGACCUUACGCCAGUUCUACGAGGAGAGGAGAGAGAAACGCAAGAACAAGGUCGAUCUCAGCAUGGACUUGGAUGUUUCUGACAACUGCUCGCUUACUGACCCAAUAGACAUUACUAGCCCAAAAUUCGUUGAUGAAUUAAAGAUAUAUUUGAAGAAAUUCAAUCUGGAAAACAACAGGAAACUGGUAUUAGAAAGCGGCCAAAAAAUCUGGGUGUUCGAAUCAGUCCAAUCAGCAAUUGACAGAUUCCACAACAGAUGUCAAAACGGUGAAGUGUCUUGUGCCCUACUCAGUCCUUCAGUCAGUCUGUCUUACAACCUACAAGCGUUAGUAGGAAUUGUGCAAAACGGAGCUACUUUGAGGACUAUGUUGGAUGCUGUUCAAAGUGAAGUGAACAACAGAAACGUCAAUAUAGACAUAAGCCUAAAGUCGAAAGAAGAGGCGAUCAUCGACAAAAUAAAGAAGCGUCUCAACGAGAAUCUGCUGAGUUUGCAAAAAUCAAGCAAGACUUUGGAAUUGGGGCAGGAAAACCUCAAAUUUUGGUCUAGCAAUGAGAUGAGAAAGUACAUUUCGCCCAACAGAACCGUGGAUGGGAAGUCUUAUAAAGAUUACGAAACUAUUUAUUUAUCUAUUUAAUUCAAUUCAAGUCUUUUAACAUGAUUCAAAACUUGAAAAAAUGUAAUGCCACAAGUGGGAUUCAAACCCGCGACCUUUCACUUGCCUGGGGACUGUUCUUAUGUACUGAGAGCAAAAAAUUCACCCGUAUUUGCUUUGAAAAACAACGUCUUAUGUACCUGAUGCAGUUGAUUUUCUUCAAGUUUUUAAUUAUGUUUAAUAUUUAACAUUAGAAAUGUAAAAAUCCUAAUUAAUCCCAUCUUAUUAUUAUUUGUAUUGUUAGUCACCAUCUUUUGGUCUAUUGAUUUUAUUAAAAAUAUUUUCUAAUCGA